UCCGCACCCCGGGAGGGCGUGCGCCCCUCUGCCGGCUGCUCGAGCGCUGGGCCCCCGGCCCAGCGAGUUGCCCAAGACUCUGGGUGACUCCUCCCCGAGGACCGUCCCCCUCUGGGGCGCGUCAUUCUCUCCACCCCUGGGGCCGACCCCGGCAGCCUCUGGCACGCCGGCCACGCGGGGGACGAGUCUCGGCCACCUGCUCCGGCACCGGGGAACCCGGGGCGCCAGCAGCCCGCGCGUCGGUCCGUGCGCGAAGGGCCCAUGGAGCUGCGGGCCAGCAACACCAGCUGCCAGAACGGUUCCCUGAUCAGCCUUUACUGCUCCUCCCAACAAGUCCUGUGCCAGAUCGUCAGUGACCUCAGCCCCCAGGUGCCCAGCAAUGUCACCUCUACCAGCUGGAAGGAGAGGUUCAGGCAGAGCUACGGCUUCUACAUUGGUCUGGGCCUGGCCUUCUUGUCCAGCUUCCUCAUCGGCAGCAGUGUCAUCCUCAAGAAGAAAGGCCUUCAACGACUGGUGGCCUCGGGGGCCACACGGGCUGUGGACGGAGGGUAUGGCUACCUGAAGGAUGCCAUGUGGUGGGCUGGAUUUCUCACCAUGGCUGCUGGAGAGGUUGCCAACUUCGGGGCCUACGCAUUUGCUCCUGCGACAGUUGUCACGCCUCUGGGAGCACUGAGUGUCCUCAUAAGUGCUGUCCUGUCCUCAUACUUCCUGGGAGAGAGUCUGAAUCUGCUGGGGAAGCUGGGCUGUGUGAUCUGUGUGGCCGGCAGCACAGUGAUGGUGAUACACGCCCCCGAGGAAGAGAAGGUCUCCACCGUCAUUGAGAUGGCUGCCAAGAUGAAAGACACAGGGUACAUCGUGUUUGCUGUGCUUCUGCUGGUGUUCUGCCUCAUCCUCAUCUUCGUCAUCGCCCCACGCUAUGGACAAAGGAACAUCCUCGUUUACAUCAUCAUCUGCUCUGUGAUUGGGUCCUUCUCCGUGUCUGCCGUCAAGGGUCUGGGCAUCACCAUUAAGAACUUCUUCCAGGGGAUGCCAGUUGUGAGGCAUCCCCUCCCCUACAUCCUGUCCCUCAUCCUGGCACUUUCUCUCAGCACUCAGGUCAACUUCCUGAACAGGGCACUGGACAUUUUUAAUACUUCCCUGGUGUUCCCCAUCUACUAUGUGUUCUUCACAACGGUGGUGGUUACCUCCUCCGUCAUCCUCUUCAAGGAAUGGUACAGCAUGUCUGUAGUGGACAUUGUGGGCACCCUCUCUGGCUUUGUCACCAUCAUUCUGGGUGUGUUCAUGCUUCAUGCUUUCAAAGACCUGGACAUCAGCCAGACCAGCUUGCCCCACAUGCACAAAAACCCAACCCCAUCUCCCACCCCUGAGCCCACUGUCAUUAGACUAGAAGACAAGAAUGUCCUUGUAGACAAUAUAGAACUCUCCAGCACCCCAUCACCAGAAGAGAAGCCCAGAGUAUUUAUAAUCCAUUCUUAAAGUGUGGAAUACGAGAGUGAGAAGAUGAGCACUACAGUACAGCCUGACUUCUCAAUUCCAGAGCCACCUGGUUAUUUUCAGAACAACUGUUACCGAUAGGCUCUCUUUUCUUGAGAUGUUCAUUUAUACCUCAUCAUUGUUUCCAGAAGGAAAAUCCCUACCCAGUGAGCGGUGGUUGCAGAACUUCAUGGAAACAGCCUCAGUGACCAAAUACCCUACUUGAUGUUGGUGCCAGCAGGUCCCCUGGACCUCCCUUCCCACUUGUUUCCUCAGUGCCAUCUCUGUGUUGUUGGGAAGAAGAUAGAAUUUGACCCGUUGAAUGUAGCACAGGCCAAGAACUUCCCUGAGAUGCCUGUCGUCAGGAAAUACUUAGCACUGGUUCUCCUGAGACUGAAUCCCAUUCCUCAGCCCAAGGACAAAGUGCAGCUGGCUCCUGGAGGCCCCGAGAGCAAUUCGUCACACCUCCCUUCCAGAGCUGACAACUAAUGUGAGACGUCUUGCUGCUUUUGCUACUUCCUCUUCGGAGACAACAGCAUGACCUCAGCUGACCUUCUUACUGUGAAAACCACCUGAUGUCUCAGGGAACAUUUCCACCAGCCCCAUUCCCGGAGCACUCCAGCCGGGAGGUCAGCAUCUUCACUUCCGUCCACUCUACCCCCAUCCCUGCCCCUUCCGUCUCCCUCUCUGUCCUAAGGAGUUGUCACUGAGACAUUCAGGCAAUUACCUUAGAACUCAAAAAACAAAAUGACAAGGACAAUGAUCCUCUACAGCCAAGCUCUGCUGGCCCAACCCAGUGUUUCAUUUUGCCUCCCUCUAGAAAGAGAACAGCAUUUGCACUGCUCUUAAAAGUAGUCUGGCUGUCAAAAUAGCAUUUGGCAGAAUGCACUUUCCUUUUCCUCAAGGAGUAAACCAAAAUAUGAUUUGGGGAGAUGGGGAGAAUUAGGAGCAAUGUCAGAAUUUGGCAGAAAGCGGCCACAGGCCCUCUAGAAACCAGGGAUGACUUUUGUGUUUAUUCUGGUGCCCAAGAACCCAGGUGAAAAGGGCUCUGGGUACUUUCUGGGCUAUAGCCUUAGAGGCUUGAGCAGUGGGAUCAGCUUUGAACUUCCGUGACCAAGUGGGGUGUAGGCUUGGCAUGGGUGUUUUCUGGCUGUUGAUCAGAUGGCCACAAAGUCCUCAAUGCCAUUGAUGAGCUACCCACCUUGGGAAGCAGCAGGUCAUGGCUGCUCCAACACCAUCUACUUUGGGGACUGCCUUUGGUCCCCUCACAUUUGGCCAGACGCAUUUAAAAAACAAGAGCAGCUGGAGAGAGGGAGAGAGAUAAUUCCCUUCCUGUCUUCUUUCUAGCUGCAAGAGUGUGGGAGUUGGUAGAAGGGCCAUUGAAGGGGAAGAGAGCCAGUAUAUCUAUAAAGAGGGAAGGCUUGAUCCUCAGCCCCCAAGUGGGUGCAGAGCCUCCCCUGUAUAACCCCGUACCUGUGUCCUGCGUUGAUGUCCCAUGCCCUAAGCACAGCCAAGCCCGGCCCAGACUCUUGCUGGCCUUGAAGCUCUAAAGGCUCGGCUGACCAAUACACUAGCUUCCUGCACCUCCAGCCUCAAAUCUCCAGUUUUCAAUGAAUGUGGAUUUCUGUCUGUAACUAAAAUCAGUGCAACAUGUUGGAUCUUGAGAGAGGCAGUAAUCUAAGGGCCCUAAGAGCAUGGUUUACAGGGUCAAGAAAAAAGACCUCUGGGUAUGUUUACUUUAUACUUGUGUCUUUGCCUUCAUCGGACACAGAACAAUUAAAUUGGUUUGUCUAAUG